UUUUAGCAGCGUGCCACGGCCAAAACUAUUUCAGUUUAUUUGAUACACAAAAAACGUGUGGAUAUCGUUUAGUUUUGAAACACGUUUAAUUGUAAAACUUGAAAAAUGACGAAGUACGAUUGGCCUGUGGAUACUGAAAAUUAUCCGGUGAUGCGGAUAGUUACCCCGCGAAAUGAGAAAAUGACUGGAAUUUAUGGAAUGAGCUUCGCCUACUAUACGCUGAAAGAACGCCUACCGGUUAUUUUAACUAAGACAAUUGAUUACUUAGCUCGAGAGAGUUCUAAGAUCAAAUCUGCACACGGCGCGUCAGAUGAUGACGUCCGCGGUCUAAUACAGUACAUUACAAAGCUUAAAAACGAUCUAAUGACGAACAAGAAGUACGAGCCACUAACAGUCGACACGCCUGAAGCGAAGAAAUGGAAUGAUUGGAUAGCCGCCGCUGAGAAUCAGUACUAUUUCACUAAUAUAUGGGUGUUCUCCGAGUGUUACAUAUACAGGCGGUUGAUAGAAGGCUGUGAAUUGAGCAAAGGUCUAAAGAACUUCGAUCCGUUCGAAGAGCAAAAGGAGAAAUCGUUUGCAAAUAGUCUAGAGGCUAUGUGCGCGGUCGCGGACAAACUUGUAACCAUGUUGGACCCCAGCGAUAAGGAUAAGAGGAAAACUGACUUUGUAUCACUUUUGAAGAUUUGUCUAUGGGCUAACAAGUGCGAUCUAUCGUUGUCUAUGGGGGAGCAAGUGUCUAUGCAUGAUGGUGAUGUUAAGAACAUCAUAGACCCCUUCCAAAUGAUUACCGAUUUUAAGGAUAAGAUACUGGUGGACGACUCAGCUAAAAUAGCUGAUCUGGUUGUCGCAAAAGCGGAAGCUAUGGCUAAAUCUAUUGAAGGGUGUUCAGAAGAACAGAAGUCCCCAGAAGCAUUAGAAGCACCAGAAGGCUCCGAAGAAACACAACCGCCCCCGUGUUCGGCUAAGGUCACAAUACCUCCAACUGUUAUGUUUGACAUAGUGUGCGACAACGCCGGCUACGAGCUGUUUACGGACCUCUGUGUCGCCAACUUUCUCGUAUCGCAGAAUAUUGUUAAAAAGGUUCGAUUCCACGUGAAAAGGAUACCUUGGUUCGUGUCUGACGUCACACCGAAGGAUUUUAAACAUGUAAUAAGUUCGUGCGCUCAAGCGAAUUACAGUCGAGAAAUUCCAGCGGAAACUAAACCAGAAGGAGAAACGAAUUCCGAACCAGAAGAGCCUAGAAGUAUAAAUUCAAACAAUCUGAGAAGUUUGGGAGAAGCUUGGAAUAAAUACGUCGAAGAUGGAACUUUCGUUGUUAUGUGCGAUGAUUUCUGGACGUCGCCCCACGUUUACAAGGAUAUGAAGAAAUACGAUCCGAAUUUAUACCGGAAGUUGCAAUACGCGGCCGCCAUCUUGUUCAAAGGGGAUCUAAAUUACCGGAAGUUGUUAGGGGAGAGGAAUUGUAACCCAACUAUCAGCUUUGAAAGCGCAUUACAAGGAUUCAUGCCAGCGCCUCUGUUUGCUCUCCGGACGGUGAAAGCUGAUUUAAUCUGUGGAUUACCGAAGGGCAAGUGGGAACAAUUGAAUGGAAUCGAUGAAAAAUGGAUGGAAACUGGGGACUAUGGUUUGAUCCAAUUAUGUGCCAAGUCCGAACCUCUCAAGGUGUCGGAUAGACCGUGUCCACAGUACGGAGAUACUUGUUAUGGAGACCAGUGUACUACGGAAAGCGCUUAAAUCAAUUUUCUAGAAGAAUUUGAAGAUUUAUCCUGAUAUCAUCAUUUACCGCUCACUACACUUUAAUUCUUUAUAUUUGUACAUUGUUGGAAAUAAAAAUAAUUGUUUUGAUAAAA